AUGCCACGUCCAAAGCCGCUCCCGGACUGUGAUGGCCCUAAGCUUGAGUGCUUCCUCGAUGAUAUCACUACCGACGACUUUAAGAUACUCGGGAUUUCAGGCGGUGGAUGUCAUUCACAAGUCUUGAAGGCCGAGAUUCAUGGGGAAGUCUAUGCCAUCAAGGUAUUCUCCCAUUGGGGGGCAACGGAGCCAUGGUUUGCCAUGACAGCCUUGGACAAGAUGCCCGAAAGCGAAGACGACCCCGAGCCUCUUGUGCCAAAUGAUGAACUAUCCCAGUCGACCAUCGAUAGCCUCCGGCUCCACGCGACCUCCUUCUACAACGAAUGCCGUGUCUUUGGGAGACUGAAGGAGCUAGAUCGCGAGCAUCUUGCCAUCAAAGCCUAUGGCUACCUCGAGUUUAAUCUCGAUGAUGAAAGGGUGCAGCAGAAAUUCCUCCCUUUUCUGGAAGAAAACGAGCUCCCAUCUCUUUUCUCGCAGGGAAAGAAAGAUUUCACCACUGCAGACACGAUCCGAACCCUCUUUCAACACUAUGACCUCAAAAUACCGCUGAUGGCCAUUGUCAAAGAAUGGAUACCUGUUCGCAGAGACCAGUCGAUGCCAUUUGUGUUGACCCAGAAACAGAUGCGCUCCCUGCCCCGACUCCUCCGAAAUCUCCACGAGCUGCACAAGUCAGGCAUCGUGGUACGAGAUCUCAAGGUGCAGCAGUACCUAGACGGGAAGCUGGCAGACUUCAGCUUCGCCUGGACCAUCCCGCACAUCUUUGGUCCAGAGAGCGGCCUCCGGCCCCGUUGGAGCUUUGAGAGCAUGGCGGCGUGGGACCUCAAAUGCUUUCAGGACAUGCUCGAUUUCUUCGAUCAAAAGGCCGACGAUACGGUGCCGCGUAUGCGAAAACACAAUCAAGUCGCAUGGAGAAAGGACGACGUUUACGAUCACCUCCGGCCCAGACCUCAGAUGUACGGCCCCUUCCUGCCCAUGCUCAUCUACGACAGCAAGCCCCAACCCAUGGUGCAUCGCCCGCCCUUCGAUCCCGCCAAGUUCAACUGGCAGGCUGUCCAGAAGACAACAAAGAAGUGUGCCGCCGGGCGCGUGCGCGUCACCAAGACAAAGGCGCCUCAAAGAAGAGCGCCAAGAAAAGCGUCAAAGAAGAGAGGGACGAAGUGA